AUGUUCCUUGACGUCCUCCGCCUCAUCACAACCUCCCUCCCCUUCUUCUCCGUCGCCCUCCGCCUCCUCGUCCAGAAGCUCCAGGCCCUCGUGCACCGACACACCUACAAGGCCGUCUCUCAGCCCCGGGACGUCGUCGUCGUGGGCGGCUCCUUCGCGGGCCUACAGCUAGUCCGCCGCCUCUCCGAGACGCUGCCCAGGGGCUACCGCGCCGUCCUCGUCGAGCCCAACUCGCACAUCAACUUCGUCUUCAACUUCCCCCGCUACUCGGUCGCAACAGGCCACGAGGCAAAGGCUUUCAUCCCCCACGACGGCCUCGCCCGCUCCGCCCCGGACGGCGUCUACCUGCGCAUCCGCGAUGCCGCCGACGGCAUCUCCGUCCCCGCCUCCGAUGCCGGGGGCAACAAAAACAACCCCCUCCUCCUCCACCUCACCUCGGGCCGCACCCUCCCCUACGCCUACCUCGUCCUCGCAACCGGCGCCGCGCAGCCCUUCCCAGCCCGCGUCCGCUCGACAGACAAGCAGGGCGCCUGCGCCGAGCUGCGGGCCAUGCAGGCGCGCGUGGCGGCCGCGCCCAGCGUUGCCGUCGUGGGCGCGGGCGCCGUCGGCGUCGAGAUCGCCACCGACGUCAAGGCUUUCUAUCCGGCCAAGCGGGUGGUCUUGGUCCACUCGCGCGACCGCCUGCUGCCGAGGUUCGGCCCCAGGCUGCACGCGCACGUGCUGGCGGCGCUGGGGCGGAUGGGCGUCGAGGUCGUGCUCGGGGAGAGGCCUGUCGUCGUUGGGGACGGCGGUGAUGGGCCGGCGAGGCUCCGGUUUGAGGAUGGCAGGGAGGAGGAGUUCGGGCUGGUGAUACCUUGCACUGGUCAGAGGCCCAACUCGGACAUCAUCUCUGAGUUCUCCCCAGACGCCAUUAGCAAAGAGACGAGAUGCAUUCUUGUCAAGCCGACUCUGCAAGUCGCCGCGUCGAGGGCUGAGCACGGGAACAUCUUUGCCCUCGGCGACGUGGCAGAGACCGGGGGCCCAAAGAUGGCGCGUGCCGGGUUUAUGCAGGCCGAGGUGGUCUGCAGCAACAUCCUCUCCAUGAUCAACGGGGAGGAACCGGCCGAGACGUACCGCCCGAUAGCUAUGGAAGGAGCCAUCAAGCUGACCCUGGGAAAGACAGAUUGGGUGGUAUACUUGCAGAAGGAUGAUGGGACAGAGAUCCUCGUCUCUGGCAAGGGCGGGAAGGAGGACUUGGGCAUUCGGGGGUUCUGGAGACAAUUUGGCGUCGAGUUCAAGGACGGCAGCGACUAG